AGUAAAGCAUUUGAAGUGUUGCAUGGUCAUAUAUUCACCAUCAACACUACUUGUCCAUGACUCUGACUCCUCCCAGUUGUCUCCAUACGAUUUAGAGAGAGAAACAAAUACACUCCUCCUUCCAUCCAUACACCUAUACAUACAAAUCUAGAGUGAACAGAUGCUGUGGUGGAAAUGGGGAAAGUCGAUAAUCAACGACUACCAGUGGUGCAGCAGCAGCGCUGGCAACAGACUCAGAACGACGUUUCUAGAAACUUCUUCGGCCGUAGAUGUUCGGUGGUCCUUUCUAGAAUCUUCCAAGAAUUUAAUUUCAAAUGUUUCGUGGUUUUGAUACUUGGCUUAGCGGUUUUUCUUUCGGCCGUGUAUUGGGUUCUUCCUCUUCGCAAUAAGAAAGCUGGAUUUGAUGCUAAAGACUCCAUCAAGCUCAGUGCCACUGUUCAAGCAUACUUCACACUUAGAAGACCAGUUUCAGAGCUUGUUCCCUAUGUUGCAAGACUAGAAUAUGAUGUCAAUGAAGAGAUUGGUGUCCCUUCCUUGAAGGUUGCUGUUCUGUCCAUGCAUCAGGCGACUGUAUCAAACUGGACUAACGUGGUGUUCGGUUUUCUUUCUGAUCCAAAGAAUACUUCAAUAAAUCCUGGGUCAUUGAUUGUGCUAAAGUCAUCCUUAAUUGAUCUGUUUCUUCAACAAUACAAUUUAACGAUGACCAACUCAAUUUUUGGAGAGCCAUCUUCAUUUGAGAUUUUGAAAUUUCCGGAUGGAAUCACUGUGGUUCCUGAGCGAUCUGUUCUGAUUUGGCAGAUAUCUCAGGUCCUCUUUAACUUCACUCUCAAUAGCUCAAUUUUUGAAAUAAAGGAAAGUAUUCUUGAGAUGAAGGAACAGCUAAAAGUGGGAUUGCAUCUGAGGCCCAAAGAGAAUGUGUAUAUACAGGUGACAAACAAGAUUGGCUCAACACAAGAUCCUCCAGUUACUGUUCAAGUUUCGGUUGUACCAGAUCUAGAGAGCCUACAACCUGAGAGAUUGAAACAAUUGGCUAAAACAAUUACUGGUUCUCCUCCUGCGAUGAAUCUUGGCCUUGAUCAUACUGUCUUUGGCAAAGUCAAGGAAAUCAGCCUAUCCACCUUUCUAAACCAUUCACUUCAUGCACCAACACCAACACCAACACCAACACCAACUCCUACUCCAACACCAGCUCCAGCUCCAGCUCCAGCUCCCAGUCCAUCUCCAGAACAAAGUUACAAUACGGUACCAUCUCUGCCUCCUCCUUAUUCUCCAGCUACUCCACCGAACUUUAAUCUCUCACCGCUACCCUGCCUGAACUGUCAUGCCUCAGCACCAUCUGAUGCAAGCCAGAUUUCUGGCCCCAGUCAGCAAAAUGACCACCCUCACUAUUCUUCAUCUCCAAUUUCCAAUUCUCCUGCACCUUCCUUAGCAUGCGGUGCUCCACAUUGCGGUGGAAGUAGGGACAGGUUUGGUAUCUUCCCCACAUAAUUUGCUGCCUUCCUUGAUAUACAUUUGAUCAUCUCAUAUGAGUAUAUUUUCGGCUACACUUGAUUAGCCGAGUAACAGAUCUUGUUCCUUUGCAUUGCAGCUUUUGAAGUAGGCUCCUCAUGCGGGAGGAUUCUGUGGUUCCACUUUUUGGGACUCCUGACAUUCUCUCCUCUAUUGGAUAUUUUGCACAUAAUCCAAAUAUGUUUUGAUAGCUGCUCACAGUUUUUCCGUUCCAGAGGUGGAGUGGGUAUGAUUAGCUAUACAAGUGUACAUCAAGUAGGAAAGUUGCACAAAACCAAAAUGUGGAAAGCCUAACAUUGCAUGGAAUCAUAUGGGAUGUGUCUUCCAAAAGGGAAUGACUUCUCAUUACAACUGACCAUCCAAGAACGAUGUUUCCUUGCAGUUUUCAGC